AUUUAAUAUUAAACCGUGUAGUAGCACUAUCGCACUAAAAUAUAUAAAACCGCUUGAACUAAUAACCAUAUACAGUGUGUUCUUAAAUGCCGCUCAUUUAAUACCUUGUUUGUGAAACCAUCUAAAAAAAAUGAAUUUAAAUUUUGUGUUCAGUAUUUUGUUGUUAAAGAUUUGGGAAGUUUUGACAAGUGAUGGUGAAUGUAGUCGUUGUAAUAUCCCCGAAGUGAAGUGUGCCCAAGGCACCUUGGUGGGAAAAAUUUUGAAAAGUAAGGAGGGAAGAGACAUUUUUUCAUUUACGGGGAUUCCAUUUGCUAAGCCACCCCUUGGAGAUCUGAGAUUUAAGCCUCCUGUGUCAUAUGGGCCAUGGAAGGGAGUUUUUAAUGCAACGAAAAUUCACGCUGUAUGUCCUCAAAGAGACAUUUAUAGAAGAUCUGUUAUUACUGAAGGAGAGGAAGAUUGUCUUUAUUUGAACGUCUAUAGCCCUCAGUUACCAACCAAAACCAACAACACCCGUUUACCAGUGAUGGUCUUCUUUCAUGGAGGCGGAUGGUUAUGUGGUGGUGGAAAUACCAUUUGGUACGGUCCUGAUUUCUUGAUUGACAGAGAUGUCGUAUUGGUGGUUACCAACUAUAGAUUAGGUGCGCUGGGUUUUCUAAGUACUGGUGAUCACGUCGCACCAGGCAAUAAUGGACUUAAGGAUCAAAAUUUGGCACUAAAAUGGGUACAAACAAAUAUACAAUAUUUCGGUGGUGAUCCGAAAAGUGUUACCAUUUUUGGGGAAUCUGCUGGUGGGGCUAGUGUACAUUAUCACAUGCUAUCACCUAUGAGCAAAGGUUUAUUUCACAAAGGCAUUGCCCUCAGUGGCACAGCAUUAACUUCAUGGGCCCUAGCACCAGAAGGUGAAGGAAUAAGUCAAGCGAAAAAAUUAGCCGAAUCUUUUAGCUGCCCUACUGAUUGCACUGAGGAACUGGUUGAAUGCUUAAGGAAAAUUGAUGCGAUAGAAAUUGUAAAAAAAGAUGUUAUAUUUAUGGAAUGGGACACGGACCCUAUGAUUCCAUUUAAACCAAGAAUAGAACCAAAGGGAGCGGGAGCUUUUCUCACCGAUCAUCCGAUUAAUAUUAUAAAAUCUGGUAAAUCUGCACCCGUACCAUUAAUUUUAGGAAUAACCUCUGAAGAUGGAGCACUUAGAGCAGCUGGCAUUUUGAAUAAUAAUAGUUUAUUGGAAGAAUUAAAUAAAAAUUUUAAAACACUGGCUCCCAUCAGUUUGAUUUAUGAUAAAACAGCUCCAAAUGUUGAUGCAGUAACUAGUAGAAUUAGGAAGUUUUAUUUUGGUAAUGACAAGAUUGACUGGUCGAAAAAAACGCAGCUUAUUGAUAUGUAUACUGAUGGUUGGUUCUUAAACGCUGUUGAUGAAACAAUCCUGUUACAUAACGAGUAUGUCAACCAGCCUAUAUAUUCUUAUGUUUUUGGACAUAGAGGAGUUGCUAGCUUUACUAAGAUUUUUGGAGGAGGCGAUAAGGAUUAUGGUGUCUGUCAUGCAGAUGAUCUCCAAUAUCUAUUCCCCAUUACCGAGGGCCUAUUUGGUGAAAAGUUUACCGAAGACGACAGCUACGUCUCAAAACUCUUUACAACCCUAUUUGCAAAUUUUGCCAAAACAGGAACACCCACUCCGAAAGAGUACCAAAAAGAAUUGAUACCAGAAGUUUGGCAACCUGUAGAUUCAAAACUUAUGAACUAUUAUCAUAUCAGUGCCAAGGCAGCGGGAAUGAGAGAGAAAUUAUAUCAAGAAAGGGUAGAACUUUGGCGAAGCUUGGAUUCGAAUCCUCGACCAGGCGAUCCCAGCUGGAACCAAAGAGAUGAAUUAUGAUAUCUAUAAAUCAGACGACUGUAGAUAGUGUAAUAUAUAAUAUAUAUUUAA